GGGGAGGGGUCCCCGCCCCCAGGUGCGCCGCGCUCUAGGACCGAGCAGGGCGGCUGCGGCGAGACGCGCUGCCGGAGCGGCCGGCCAGGGGCGGGCGAUGAAAGUCCAGCGCUCGGGGGGCCGCGUGGACCGAGCUGCCCGGCCGGCGGCGCCGGGGGCACGAUGCGGCCGCCCGUAAUUAAAUAGCAUUUACUCUUAUUAUUACUAAUAAUAAUAAUAACGUAAUCAUACCUCUAGUCAUAGCAUACCACUUAAUCGGGCUCGGCGCCGGCCCUGCGGAGCGCAGCCCGGCCGAGACACUGAUGGAGAGGCAGAGACGGAAGGCGGACAUCGAGAAGGGGCUGCAGUUCAUCCAGUCGACACUCCCCCUGAAGCAAGAAGAGUAUGAGGCCUUUCUGCUCAAGCUGGUCCAGAACCUGUUCGCCGAGGGCAAUGACCUGUUCCGGGAGGAGGACCACAAGCAGGCGCUGGUGCAGUACAUGGAGGGGCUGAACGUGGCCGACUACGCCGCCUCCGACCAGGUGGCCCUGCCCCGCGAGCUGCUGUGCAAGCUGCAUGUCAACAGGGCGGCCUGCUACUUCAGCAUGGGCCUGUACGAGAAGGCGCUGGAGGACAGCGAGAAGGCGCUGGGGCUGGACGGCGAGAACAUCCGCGCGCUGUUCCGCAAGGCGCGCGCCCUCACGGAGCUGGGCCGCCACAAGGAGGCCUACGAGUGCAGCAGCCGCUGCUCGCUCGCCCUGCCCCACGAUGAGAGCGUGACGCAGCUCGGACAGGAACUGGCCCAGAAGCUGGGGCUGCGAGUCAGGAAAGCUUAUAAGAGACCCCAGGAACUGGAAAACUUUUCUCCGCUCAGCAAUGGUGCCGCGGCUGGUGUGACCCACCAGGGAAGCCCCAACGGACUGGGGCCCAUUGAUGACAUCGAAACAGACUGCUACGUGGACCUACGGGGCUCCCCCGCCCCACUCCCUGCCACCCCCACGCUGCCCCUGUUCCCUCACGUGCUGGACCUGCUGGGCCCCCUGGAGAGCGGUGGCCGGGCCCUCCCUGGUUCAGAGGGCCCCGACGAUUUCUCUGACGGGGACUUGUUUGGGCCGGAGCUGGACACACUCCUGGACUCACUGUCCCUGGUGCAGGGCAACCUGCCUGGCAGCGGGGUGCCCAGCGAGCUGCCCCAGCUGAUACCUGUGUUCCCCGGGGGGACCCCGCUGCUGCCUCCCGUGGUGGGCGGCUCUAUCCCGGUCUCCAGCCCCCUGCCCCCUGCCUCCUUCGGCCUGGUCAUGGACCCCUCCAAGAAGCUGGCUGCCUCUGUGCUGGACGCCCUGGACCCCCCUGGAUCGGCCCUGGACCCCCUGGACCUGCUGCCUUUCUCGGAGCCCCGGCUAGACGCCCUCAGCAGCUUGGGCUCCCCCCGCGGCUCCCUGGACAAGCCCGACUCCUUCCCCGAGGAAACCAACUCCCAGGACCAUCGGCCCCCGAGCGGUACUCAGAAACCUGCGCCCUCGCCGGAACCCUCCAUGCCCAACACGGCUCUGCUCAUCAAGAACCCCUUGGCUGCCACCCAUGAGUUCAAGCAGGCCUGCCAGCUCUGCUACCCCAAAACAGGCCCCAGGGCGGGCGACUACACGUACCGUGAGGGCCUGGAGCAUAAGUGUAAGCGGGACACCCUGCUGGGCCGGCUGCGCGCCGCCGAUGACCAGACGUGGAAGCGCAUCCGGCCCCGACCCACCAAGACCAGCUUCGUGGGCUCCUACUACCUGUGCAAAGACAUGAUUAACAAGCAGGACUGUAAGUACGGGGAUAACUGCACCUUCGCCUACCAUCAGGAGGAGAUCGACGUGUGGACGGAGGAGCGCAAGGGCACCCUCAACCGCGACCUGCUCUUCGACCCGCUGGGGGGCGUCCAGCGCGGCAGCCUCACCAUCGCCAAGCUCCUCAAGGAGCACCAGGGCAUCUUCACCUUCCUCUGCGAGAUCUGCUUUGACAGCAAACCUCGGAUCAUCAGCAAAGGCACCAAGGAUUCUCCGUCCGUGUGCUCCAACCUGGCCGCCAAGCACAGCUUCUACAGCAACAAGUGCCUGGUGCACAUCGUCCGCUCCACCUCCCUCAAGUACUCCAAGAUCCGCCAGUUCCAGGAGCACUUCCAGUUCGACGUGUGCCGCCACGAGGUGCGCUACGGCUGCCUGCGGGAGGACAGCUGCCACUUCGCCCACAGCUUCAUCGAGCUCAAAGUCUGGCUGCUCCAGCAGUACUCAGGCAUGACCCACGAGGACAUCGUUCAGGAAUCCAAGAAGUACUGGCAACAGAUGGAGGCCCACGCGGGGAAGGGCAGCAGCGGCGUGGGCACCCCGCGGACCCAUGGGCCCAGCACCUUUGAUCUGCAGAUGAAGUUUGUGUGCGGCCAGUGCUGGCGGAACGGGCAGGUGGUGGAGCCCGACAAAGACCUCAAGUACUGCAGCGCCAAGGCCCGGCACUGCUGGACCAAGGAGCGGCGGGUCCUGCUGGUGAUGUCCAAGGCCAAGAGGAAGUGGGUGUCAGUGAGGCCACUGCCGUCCAUCCGCAACUUUCCACAGCAAUACGACCUCUGCAUCCACGCGCAGAACGGCCGCAAGUGCCAAUACGUGGGGAACUGCUCCUUCGCACACAGCCCGGAGGAGCGGGACAUGUGGACGUUCAUGAAGGAGAACAAGAUCCUGGACAUGCAGCAGACCUACGACAUGUGGCUGAAGAAACACAACCCCGGGAAGCCUGGGGAGGGGACCCCCAUCAGCUCCCGGGAAGGGGAGAAGCAGAUCCAGAUGCCCACGGACUAUGCUGACAUCAUGAUGGGCUACCACUGCUGGCUGUGCGGCAAGAACAGCAACAGCAAGAAGCAGUGGCAGCAGCACAUCCAGUCGGAGAAGCACAAGGAGAAGGUGUUCACCUCGGACAGCGACACCAGCGGCUGGGCCUACCGCUUCCCCAUGGGCGAGUUCCGCCUGUGCGACAGGCUGCAGAAGGGCCGGGCCUGCCCAGACGGGGACAAGUGUCGCUGCGCCCACGGGCAGGAGGAGCUCAACGAGUGGCUGGACCGGCGCGAGGUGCUGAAGCAGAAGCUGGCCAAGGCCCGCAAGGACAUGCUGCUGUGCCCGCGCGACGACGACUUCGGCAAAUACAACUUCCUGCUGCAGGAGGACCACAGCCCUGUCGGCGCCAGCCUUGAGGCGCCCACGGCCGCCCCGGGCACCGGCUCCGGGGAGUAGGGCCAGGCCUCCACCACGGGUGACGACCUAGGGCCAGCGGGGGUGGGGGGGUGGGGGGGAGUGAGCCUGGGGGCUGCUCUCACCCCGCAGCCCCCCGGCUCCAGGGCUCCGUCCGCCCUCUUGACUGCCCAGCGUGCAGCCACGGGUGCCCCAACUCACCCCACUGCCACCCUGGGCCGCCCCUCCCGCCACCCACCCCCCAGCUCUCCCGGCUGGGGGAGGGCCGACCCCUCCAGCUCCAGCCUUCAGCUUUAAAUUCUGUCUGCUCCUCAAGGGGGGCCCAACGCUCAGGGCUGGGGAGCCUGGGGCCCCCACUUGAAUCUGCAGCAGAAGGGCCCUUCUCCCUGCCCCCACCCUGCCUCCCCGGGAGGCAGGUGGGGGCAGACAGAGGGCAGGAGGCCCCAAUUAGCUUUAAAAUGCAGUCCCGGGAGGGAGGAAGCUGGGGACACGUAACCUGUGGGGGGGCCUCAGUCUCCCUUCUGGUGGAAGGAUGGGAGGGGCUGGGCUGGAUGAUGUUCGCGUUGCCCCUGCUAGACCCCGGGGUCCCCUCCCUUGUGAAUGUAGACUGAAUGUAGAGUAGCUCCUCAGAGCCUUCCCAGACCACCCAGCUCCACCCACCUCCCACUCUGCAGAAGGGGAAACUGAGCCCCGGGAAGGUGGGGGUGCAGCUCCCUGCACCAGGUAGCACCGGGCACGUCGAUCAGGCAGAGGACUCAGGGCCAGGCCUCGGCUGGAGCCUUCGCGCUCAGCAGGGGCGAAAGACUGAAGUAGAGGGAGCGGGGGUCCGGUCCCAGACAGGCCUCUGCAGUAAGGUCAGCACCGGGGGUGUGAGGGGGGCCCUUCCCGCCGGAGUCACCCCUGCAAGGCGGUGAGGGGCAGGGCACCUUGGAGUUGGGGUUCUGCUUGAAGAGGGAGACCGGGAGAGGAGGUGAUGGAGAUGAUGGGGAGGAGAGAUUGAACCCCAGCCGGGCUCGGCUCUCCCCACCUUCCCGCCUAGGCCCAGAACAACUCAGACGCUGAGUCCCUCCAGACCCCAGGCCUCAUUAGCUGUCUGGGACCCCAGCUGACCCCCAUGACCCCCAGCCCUUGCCCCAUCCCUCUCGUCUGCUGUGUCUGCGUGCACCCCCCUCCCCCUCCCACCCCCGAGGGCAGGCCCAGCCCCUCUGGUUCGCUAAGACAUUCCAGAAUGCCUCACAACAUCGGCACAAGGCGUGGGGCCCCGCCCGGAAGGAACCGGGGAGCAAGGCUAGAGUCUGGGGGUGAGCUGGAAAGGAGGGCGGACCCCUUCCCUCCCUCCAGCAGGGAUAGCUAGUGAUGAUGGUAAGAUAUGGGCACAGGGCCACAGAGAGCCCCCCCCAUCUCUCGGGCCGCUGUCGUCCACCCUUUUCCCAAUAAUCGUGGCAUGCAUUCCUCCCCUCCCCCCUGCGGAGUUGGGGUGCCAGUGGCGUGGCUGGCGGGGAGGAGAGACCACGCCCAAGGUGGGGCCGUGGCCAUGAACGUGGCUGACACUUGUCUCCCCCGAUCCGUGGUGUUAUGUCUCUCGUCACCAGCCUCGUUCCUAGUGUGUAUAUAUGUCGCCCCGUGAUGCAUAUAUACACAGGUAUUAAAUAUAUCGCUCUAUAUAAUAUUAUAUAUGUGUGUGGUAUCCAAGCAAUCACUUCUAUUGAGGGCUAAAUAUAAAGAAUUGGGCCGGAAGAUGCAGCUAUCCUUGUGUCAUUAAGGAGGGAUUCGUAGGGAGCCGUGAGUGGGAGGCAGUGGGGUGCAGCGUACGGCCGACCCCUCAGUGCGCCUGGCCGGGACCCGGCGGGCUUCCCAGGGCAGAAAGGUGGUGGGUGUUUGUCUCCCACCUGAGGGUCUCCUCAGCGUGUCCCCGUCCAGCAGCCCUUGGGCCCGGGCUCUGCUCUGUGACAGGCUCCCCCAGGUCGGGCAGCGGGUGUGGUCAGGAAAUAUUUCGAGAGCUGAGACUGGGACACUGAGUGGAACCAGGCAGUGCCCGCCCCCGGUUGAGGAAACAGGAUGUUGGCCUGAUGGGAGCGUGAGAUUAGGGGGCACCGGUGAUGCGAGUGUCCCUGGGGGGCUGGGGGGGAGAGGGAGGAUGGCUGCAUCUCUCCGCUGGGCAGUAAUCAAUUUCAAAUGGUCCUUUUAAAAUGUCUGUGGAUUAAAAAUUUACGAAUACCACACUUUAAUAUUAAAUAUUCAUAAGGUCUAGUAUCUUGAUAAUAAUGUAGAUGUUUUAAUAACAAUUUUUGUCCUUCUUAAAAUAAAAUGAGAGAAACUUG